AUGGGUUCUUUCCGUUCUCUUCUCAGUUAUACUGCCCUUUUGAUCGGGCUUAUUUCAUUUGCUGCUGAUUCGAUCAACUAUGUAUUCACUUCUAAAUACAUCCAGGUUUUCUUCGAUGAAUAUCAUCUACCUCCAUCAUAUCUCAAAGUUGUUCAAAUACUGUUUCUGGUAUGGAAUGCUGUCAACGAUCCCAUGAUGGGAUACAUGCAGGAUUUGGGAUGUUGUGGAAUGAAAUGGAUAAUGGAUCGACGAAAAGUUGUUCUGUAUGCUGGUCCAGUGUUUGCUGCUUCGUUCCUUCUUUUCUGGUUUCCAUGGUCAACGUCAGUUGGCUGGUUGACUGCUCUUCAUCUUCUCGUAUCUCUCUUCAUCUAUGACACUCUCUUGACUCUUGUUCUCUCUGCAUACUGUGGAUUAUGCGUCGAAAACUCCCGAAAUCAUCAGGAUCGAGUACGAGUCAUUGUCUACGGAGAGAUUUUCACAAUUGUCGCUGGUAUUCUGAUCUAUCCAUUGGAAACAAUGCCACAUACGAAUGAACAUUAUUGGCUGUUCCAGACAUGUUGUGUAGUUGUUGCAUGUGUUUCUGCAGCUUUGAUGGCCUAUUCUGGAUAUAAUCUGAAAGUUGAGAGACCUGUGAAUGAGGAUCAUCAAUUGGAGAAGUUCCAAGAAGGAGAAGUAGUCGUGGAAAAGAAGGCAGACACGUGGAAAAACGCGUUGCAAGUUUCUUGGCAAGUAGCCAAAGAACCUAGAUUCAUCUGCCUUGUCGGUGCCCAGUUCUUCCGAAUUCUUCGGUUUAUGGCUAAUGAGAAUUUCUUGAUUGUGUUCACAGAAAGUCUUCUGGUGAACAAUGGAUUCUUCGAAAAGAAUUCAGGAACACUUGGUCUCUUCUACAUUCUCGCAAGAUCUUGUGGAAGUAUUUUAUUCCUGAUUCUCUGGAUGCCAACCAAUCGUUUCGGAACUCAAGCAGUCAUCCAAUCCCUGAAUAUUCUCUCCAUUUUCAACGUUCUCUUUGUCCUGUGGGUCGGAAUGGAUAACAUCACAGCAGUGGCUGUUUUCAUUAUUCUAGAGAAUGCGAUUUCUCGUUGUGGAUGGCAAGGAUUUUAUAUUGUUGUUGCUGGAGAAGUAGUCGAUACGGAUAUGAAAACGAACAAUAGAAAAACACCUUUCUCCACAAUCAUCUUCACUUUAAAAGCUCUUUUCAACAAACCAGCCGACCAACUUGCUCCAGUUCUCGUUCUUUCUCUCUUCUUGGAACAAGGCGGGUACCCACAAUUAACUGUGCCGUGUCAGCAUUUCUACGAGGAUAACUUCUCGAAUUCUACUCUAUUCAACUCUACUUCUAUCGAAACUUCUACUUUCUCAGGAUAUCCAACUACUCAACAAUGCACUAACUACAACCAAUGGAUGUUCUUGGCUCUCGCCAUUUUCCCAGCAAUUUGUGCCAUCGGAGAAUCAAUUUUUGUCGCUUUUGAUCAAUAUUGGAGACGACAUAUAAAAGGAAAAACUGGACAUUUGGGUGACGAUUAA